AUGGUUUUUGGACGAGAAAAAGACGACUCUGAGGGUAUCGAACAUGUGCCCUCCCCCCAAGACAACCCGUCAGAUCAGACGUCAGACAUCAUCGCUCUGAACGAGAAGGCUUCUAAUGAACAUGAUGAUCUCCCCACUAUCCCCAAACCCGAGGGAGAUGCCCCAGUCAACUCUGAACUGGACCCCGACAAUCCGCUGAUUCGAUACAGUCGCGCUGAGCUCCUCGAGAUUGCCACCCAGUUUGCGGUGGAUAACGACCUUGCCGACAAAGCGGAAGCAUUCAGAAAGGGCGCCCUAGUGGCCCAAGACCCUUCCGGUUUCGAGAACAUCGACAUACUUGAUGACGACGACAGAUACUGGCUUAACCGUGAGAUCACCAAUAAGUGGGAUCAUCCCAUGAAGGUUUACUACCUUGUUGUGUGCUGCUCCUUGGCUGCUGCUGUCCAGGGUAUGGAUGAGACUGUUAUCAACGGCGCCAACAUCAUUUUCCCUGCUCAGUUUGGUAUCAAGGAGGAUUCCGGUGUUGUGUCUCGAAAGAGUUGGCUGCUUGGUCUUGUCAACUCUGCUCCUUAUUUGUGUUGUGCAUGCAUCUCGUGCUGGAUGACUGACCCUAUCAACAAAGUACUUGGCCGAAAAUGGACAGUGUUCUGGACCUGUUUCUGGGCCGGAGCCACCUGUUUCUGGUCUGGUUUCGUCAACACCUGGUGGCAUCUGUUUAUUGCCCGGUUCUUCCUGGGAUUCGGUAUUGGUCCCAAGUCCGCCACAGUUCCCGUGUACGCUGCCGAGUGUGCUCCUCCCAGGAUUCGAGGUGCCAUGGUUAUGAUGUGGCAGAUGUGGACUGCUUUUGGUAUCAUGAUGGGCUAUGUUAUGGAUCUUGCAUUCUACUACGUCAAGGAUAGAGGAACUAUUGUCGGCCUAAAUUGGAGACUGAUGCUUGGUUCUGCUUUGAUUCCUGCUCUUCUGGUCUGUAUUUUUAUUGUCAAAUGUCCUGAGUCUCCCAGAUGGCACCUCGCUCGAGGAGAGAUCCGAAAGUCGUUUGAGUGCAUGCGAGAAAUUCGACACACUGACAUACAAGCCGCUCGAGAUACCUUCUACGCCCACGUUCUUCUGAUCGAAGAGAACGAGAUGAAGAAAGGAAAGAACCGAUUUGUGGAGCUCUUUACCGUUCCUCGAAACCGGCGAGCAGCCUGGGCUUCUUUCAUUGUCAUGUUCAUGCAGCAGUUCUGUGGUAUCAAUGUUAUUGCCUACUACUCCUCCAACAUUUUCAUGGAGUCUGGUUUUGGUGCUAUCCAAGCUCUUCUGGCUUCGUUUGGUUUUGGUGCUAUCAACUUUGUGUUUGCGUUGCCAGCUGUUUACACUAUCGACACAUUUGGUAGACGGGCACUAUUACUGGCGACCUUCCCUCUGAUGGCUAUAUUCUUGCUAUUUGCUGGUUUCUGUUUCUACAUUGGCCAGAACGAUCCCACCCACUCUCAUGCUCGUGUCGGUUUAAUUGCUCUAGGUAUCUAUCUCUUCUCAGCAGUUUACUCCUGUGGAGAAGGUCCAGUGCCCUUCACCUACUCGGCUGAAGCCUUCCCUUUGUACGUUCGAGAUUUGGGUAUGUCGUUUGCCACCGCCGUUUGCUGGCUCUUUAAUUUUGUUCUAGCCGUCACGUGGCCCUCUCUCCUGGCAGCCUUCACUCCGCAGGGUGCCUUCGGAUGGUAUGCUGCGUGGAAUGUUGUCGGAUUCUUCUUGGUCCUGUGUUUCUUGCCCGAGACCAAGAACCUGACUCUGGAAGAGCUUGACAAGGUCUUCAGUGUCCCCACCCGAGUCCACAUGAAGUACCAGUUCAACGCCUUCAAAAUCAACAUUCAGCGAACAAUAUUACGAAAGGAUGUGCCCAAGCCUCCUCCGCUCUAUGCCCACGAAGCCGGUAUUGGUGGUACUUCUCACUGGAGCUCCAAGCCUCAGCCCAACGCGAACACUGCCGAGUUCGUUUAA